AACCAUCUCCUCAUCUCGCAUUUCUCUCCCCCGAGCUCUUCUGGUGGGAACCUUUGCUGAGCUCGUGCGCGCCUCCCGCCCCUCCUCCUCUCCACUCUGGGAGAUCAUCUCCUCUUCUCCCCUCGCUCGCCCCCCUCUCCCCUCUUUCCCUCCCUCCUUCCCUACCGCGUGCCUCCUCCCCUCCCCCUCGAUUCCCUCCCCUCCGGCGGCAGCAGCAGUAGCCGCCGCUUCAGCGGAGCCGGAGAUGGGCAGAGAGCGCGCGCGGCGCAGCAGCUCCGGAUCCACAGCCCUCCCCGCCGGCAGCUCCCUGCGCCCCCGCCGCCGCUGUCGCCGCCCCGGCGUCCCCAGGCUCCAGUCCCGCGCCUAGGACAGCGCCGCCACCGCCGCCCGGCCCUGCCUGCCGCCUGCGCUGCGCAGUCCUCGCGCGCGCCCGGAUGGCGCUUCCCUCCCUGGACCGGCUUAGAAUGUAAUAAUUCAAGAAUUUUAUAAUACAGUUGAGUAGCUUAACAACUGUUUAUGUGCUUCCCAUGGUAUGUUCUCCAUAUGAAAAAAUUAUGACAUCAGCAUCCAAAGGAAUUCUCCGUCCAUUUUUAAUUGUCUGCAUUAUCCUGGGUUGUUUCAUGGCAUGUCUGCUCAUUUACAUCAAGCCCACCAACAGCUGGAUCUUCAGUCCAAUGGAGUCAGCCAGCUCAGUGCUGAAAAUGAAAAACUUCUUCUCCACCAAAACUGAUUAUUUUAAUGAAACUACUAUCCUGAUUUGGGUGUGGCCAUUUGGGCAGACCUUUGACCUUACAUCUUGCCAAACAAUGUUCAACAUCCAAGGAUGCCAUCUUACCACAGACCGUUCCCUAUACAACAAAUCUCAUGCGGUUCUGAUCCAUCACCGAGACAUCAGUUGGGAUCUGACUAACUUACCUCAGCAGGCUAGGCCACCCUUCCAGAAAUGGAUUUGGAUGAAUUUGGAAUCACCAACCCACACGCCCCAAAAGAGUGGCAUUGAGCACCUGUUCAACUUGACUCUGACUUACCGCCGUGACUCAGAUAUCCAAGUGCCUUAUGGCUUCUUGACGGUGAGCACAAACCCCUUCGUGUUUGAAGUGCCAAGCAAAGAGAAGUUAGUGUGCUGGGUCGUAAGUAACUGGAAUCCUGAGCAUGCGAGGGUCAAGUAUUACAAUGAGCUGAGCAAAAGCAUUGAAAUCCAUACAUACGGGCAAGCAUUUGGAGAGUAUGUGAAUGAUAAAAAUUUGAUUCCUACCAUAUCUACUUGCAAAUUUUAUCUGUCUUUUGAAAACUCAAUCCACAAAGAUUACAUCACAGAAAAGCUCUACAAUGCUUUUCUAGCCGGCUCUGUCCCUGUUGUUCUGGGGCCGUCUAGGGAAAAUUAUGAGAAUUAUAUUCCAGCAGAUUCAUUCAUUCAUGUGGAAGAUUAUAACUCUCCCAGUGAGCUCGCAAAAUAUCUGAAAGAAGUUGACAAAAACAAUAAGUUAUACCUUAGUUACUUUAACUGGAGGAAGGAUUUCACAGUAAACCUUCCACGAUUUUGGGAAUCACAUGCAUGCUUGGCUUGUGAUCAUGUGAAAAGGCAUCAAGAAUAUAAAUCUGUGGGUAAUUUAGAGAAAUGGUUUUGGAAUUAAAGUUUUCCAUCAUUUGCACACUUGGAGAAAUUAUUUUGAUGAGCUAUCAUCCAAGUUUUGAGGAUAAGAAGAGAGACAACAUUCUGCUUUUGUGUCACAAUUUAUUUUUAUCACUCUCUCUUGGGUAACAUGUAUAUUUUGAUGGAGAUUUUUGAGAGCUCAGCAUUAGCAAUCACUCCCUUUGGUUUUAAAUUAUCCUGUAUAUACCUAAUUAUGUGCACUGAAAGUUAAUUUAUUCUUUGCUACCAUUUGUAAACAUUGUUUUCCACAUUUUGGUAGUUGUUUGUAAUGUGAGUUUGUGAUAUGAUUGUUGUUUCUACAUUGGUCAGCUGUUUCAUCUAUUUGGGAAAUGAAGAUGCACACUUAAAAUAUGAAAUAUUUUCACUAAAUAUCAUAAUUUCUAGUUCCAACUUCGCAUAAUGUAACAAAGGAAAAGCAUUGGUAAUUGAGUUCUAACCUCUUUGACUUUGAAGUGAACAAAGUGUAUAACUGCCUCUAUUUGAUCUAUUUUUUACCUGUUUACCACAUUUUUUGUGAAGGAAAAAUUAUUCAUGUAAUGAAUAAGAAAGAGACUGAAGCAGAACUGUGUUAUUCAGGAAACUAGUAGACUUCUCAUUUAUUUUCAUUAAGCUGUCUUGCAAAUGCAGCUACCUGUUCUCAUGAUCUUGAGUUAAAUUAUUCAAGUAUUUUUACAUAUCCAAUUUGGGGGGACUUUUAGAACCUGGGAAAUAAUCCUGACAACACUUAAGAAUAUCUAAGACAGUUCUCUUCCCAGUCCUAACACUCAUUAGUAUAAAAAGCAAACAAUUUCCCCAAAUAACAAAGGAGAAGGAUGUGUAUAGAUAAAAAUCCUACUUAUACAUGGUACAUUUAUGUACAAUUUUGAAUAACCUAUCAAUUUACCAUAUUUGUUCCCUGGCCCCAAUAUUUAAAAGUUUCUAUUUGCCAUACAGACAGUCACAUAGACAAAACAUUUCAGAGGUUUGUCCUAUCAUUUAAAAUAACUUAAAUAAAAUUAUCAUUAAGUUGUAAAUGUAAGAUGUUAAACAUAAGAAAAGGGGGGAUCUAUAGAAAACACAAUGCUAACACGGAGUAAGAUCUCAAUGCAUAUUUAUUGAAUGAAUCAAUGAUUGUCAUUGAAAGUCAUGGGAAAUUUUUGUUUGUUUCCAUGGAGUAACAGUUCUAGCCCAGAAAUAUUAACUGGAGAUGAUGUUUUAUAUUUCAUUUUAGUAAUUAUUCAUAUACAGCAUACAUGACCAUGGCUAUGAGGGCUUUACAGAACCAAAAUAAAUUUUUCAUUACUCUAAGUUUUUGGAGAAAUUCAUCCCUGAAUCUCCAGUUGCUAUACAGCAUUUUUCCUCUGUAAGGUUAAGGACUGGAUAUAAGCAGAAAUUAUUAGUAGGUGAGAAAAGAUGGGAUGUUAAGGAAAGCAUUUCCCAAAAGACUCUUUAAUGACUCUAUUCCAUUCAGGCCAAAAACCCAACAAAAGAAUUGGGAUGUUCUGAUGACAUCCAUUUGGAUCUAAUUCUAAUUGUCCUGCUACAUGUCAACAUUAGCAGUUGAACACAAAUUCACAAUCUGCUACAUCAAAUGAAAGUCAGAUAGAGGCAAACUUCAGUUCAGUAAGUACUCCAGACUCCCUUGUGUAGGAAUGGGCUCUCUGGAACACUAGAAGGAUUGGAACAGAGGAAGAUUCCUGCAUUAGAUGGAAAAAUGUUUGAUCCUCAAGUUCACUUCUUACCCAUGUUGAACUGGUCUUUUGUGUCAGGCAACACCCUAACCAGAGAUAAAGAUGAGCAAGGUACUAUCACUGGCCUAUAGGAGCUUACAAUUCAGUGGAGGGAUACACAGAAGCUUUCUUUGAGCCUAUGUUUAUGCACAUACUACUCUCAAUGGAGUUGAUUUGAGUCACUGCUGAUUUAAUGAAAAUGAGGUAGCAAAUUUCCCCAGUUGCUUAGGGAUUUGACGUAUUUCUGAGCUGCAAACUUUGUUUACUCAUCUGAUCCAGUUUUGCUUCCCUCCAUAUUAUCUCUUCUAACCACACUGCAUCAAGAAAUAGUAUGUUUGUGUGGAUGCCCUCUUACAUAAGAACAGAUCUCCACCCACAUUUAUUUCAUCAUGUUAAAACAGUCUAAUUCAUAUAUUUACACUUACUUUGUUAUCUUUUGGGCCUGUAAAAAGCAUAGGGAUCUAAACAGGAUGCCUGGCUAACAAGUUUAGCAAGCAUCUGCUUCUUCAAAAGCAGAAAUGCAUUCAUUGUCAUGACAACCCAUCUUUGUUAUGGUGGGUGCUCAUGAUUUCAAAGAACUGAUAAACCUGAACACAUCGCCUCUCUUGUCAACUAUGAACUUGGUCUCUUUUGUAGACUGUCUAUGAUCACCUGUUGAUAAUGUGACCCAAGCGAAGGUAAUAACACCAAGUGACUAACUGGCACAUCUGUCUAUUGAAAGCCUGUUACCGACUCCCAGAAGUUUAACGUUUCUGAAUUUGAAGUGCCAAAAUGAACGAGUCAACUUACCCCAUCCGUUAUGGGCCCAUUUAUCCAUAGAUUUUAGGGCUAGAUGGCAUUAUAGCAAUGUUUACAUGCCAAUUCCUUUAUUCUACUUAUGAGUAAAUCAGAUCCAGAGAUAAUAUUUAUGAAAGAAACAUGUUCACACACACAUAUCACACACACACGCACACACACACACACACACACACACACAUGCAGCUACUGCCAUGGCCAAGAUUGGAAUGUAAAGGUGCUGUAUCUUUUAAUUCUAUAUUCUUUUCUUCGAAUUCUCACCUAACAAAAGAAGUAUGUUGCAACUCCUAAAAAUGUGAAUGCCUUAUUGGUAUAAUUAGGGCCUGUGGAAUGGUACACUCUAUGUGGAAGCACUUUGACUUUUGAAAAAGUACACAGUAAAUAAGAUAUCAAACUUGUUAGCAUUCUUUCUGUCUUAAAUAUUUUAGGAGCUGUGCUUGGACAGAAGGAAAUGGGCUUUCACCACAUGUUAAGUGAAAUGCAACCCUCACGAUGGUAUAUGGUUCUCAGACACUCUUUAAAUAAAUCCUGUGGAUUUUAACUCUUUUAAAGGAUAUCUCAUGGUGAAAGAUAUUGAUUCAACAAAAUUAACUUGCCAUUGGUUAUAGAAACAAAUAAUUAUGCCAGAGGAUAAACUGUGGAUAUAAAAAGAGAAUAAACCAUUUAAAAAGUUUUAUUCCAAAAUAUCAAAAAUCUGUUACUUUCAAUGGUCUGAAUAUUUAAAUGUUAAUUAUUGUAAGACUUACUGGUAAGAAUAUAUAAAUAGUAAUCAUUAUAGGUAUUUGCAGUAAGAAUGUAUAAUGAAUUCUUCAUACCCAGCAGUAUUAUACUCUGAAAAAAGACAUGACAGUCAUAUUCUAUGACAGCCAUAAAUUUUACAAUAUGAAACAGCAACAGGAAAAAAAAGUUAUCCUACUGGGAAACCAAUAUCAGCUAAAAUUUGUGCAUGUACUACAUAAGUCCUGAUAAUCCUAGAAUGUGCAUAAAUGUUUUCUGUUGUGAGGGCUUAGAAAGCUUAGAGCACUUGAGGUGUGAAGUGACAGAAUAUUUAAGAAUUAUUUGCUGCGGCUUUACAUUCUUGCCUCCAAUUGGAGGUUAAAUAUGGAAAGAAUAGGAAACUAUACUAUUAAUAUCUUUUUGCAUGCCUAUUUUCAAACUAGAUUCCAUGAGUCUUAAGGUAAUCACCUAGAAAAUGUCUUUGCAUGAAGUAAUAUUACCAAAACAAGAUUUGGGUCCUUUCAUUAUGACUUUGUGCUUAACCAUAUCUUUGAGUUCCCUUGAACUCUGAUCUCAUUUAGAGGAACUUCUUAAUGAAUUAAUUCCAAGCAAACUGUUAGAUAUGCAGACUUCAGGAUCUAAAAGAUAAGCACAGUGCCUAAAACAGAGGAGGCAAAUAUUUGUUCAGUGAAUAAGGAAAUUGUUUUGGGGAUCAUGCAGAAUUUUUUUAUGUGUGAUAACAGUUCCAGCUUAUUGACAUCAGUUAGAGGUUGUAUAUGAUAUUUAUUUCAUUGUUCAGUUUACUGCUUAGAUGCAAAGGAAGGCUUUAUUCCUUCCAAUCUUAUUGCAUUCUAGCACCCCAAAAGAAGUAACAUCUCAAGAAAGAUUUAAAAGGAUUGGAAACAUGUUAACAUUAUAUUCAAAUGUUAACGCCAACUGUUUCUAAUAGGAAAGACACCUGGUAUUUGAGGAGAAUGUAAAUGCAAGCACUGUGAAGGGCAUGUAUUUAUUACCAAACUAUGCACGGAAAGAAAUCCAGUUUCCUUCCUCCCUAACUGCACUCGUUUGUAUUGCAAACAUCAGUCAAUUCAGAUGAUAUUCUUUUCAGGUUGUCUCUCAUCUAAAGAUAUUGUAGCAUUUUGCAAAUGGGCAAGCUCAACCAGUAUCCAAAGUGGUCUCCCUCUCAGUAAUUCAUGUUGAAUGCAUCCAUAUUCAUAAACAUUAUACACAGCAGGUAACAGAACAAAAAUGAGAGAGAGCCUACUAAACCAGAAAUAUGAAUAAUGCUACACUGGGUUAUAGGUUCAACAAACUAUAGUUUUGAGAAAGCCACCUAACUUUUCUGGACCUUGUUGUUUGCCAAGUUCCUUCUGGCACAGUUAUUCUCUCAUCUAAGAUCUAAACUGAUAUAUGCAUAUGUUUGCAAAUGAAAUUCCAAUGACCAUAUAAUUUUUUGGAAGUAAAUGUUUCAAACGGAUUUCCCUCUUAUUUCUCUAAAUAGGCAUUUAAAGUAUAAAAUUGAUCAUCUAAACUAAUAUAUGGAAAAACUUAAUCCAAUGCUUGGAAUAUAGAAAGUGCUCAAUUAACUAAACUUCUUCCUUUAACUAACUUCCCCUUCAUUCUCUACCUCAUCUUUUGCAAUUCAUGUACUCACUACCCACUAAGACCUUAACUGCCCAGAGAAAAGCAACCAUUUAAUGAGCAUUAUUUUAAAAUAUUAUAGAUUUUUCUAUAUCACCCACAUUCUUAUUACAAUAAUCUAAAACUUUUUAUCAAUGCAAAAAUUUCAGGGAGGCAGAGGAAGGCACAUUGCAAAUCCCCAGAUGACAAUAAAACAGGGAGUGGAUAUUUGAGGAAGCCAGAUUGACUAUAUCUAAACAAUUCAGUUACUCUUAACUCAUAGUUACUAUAUAUUUUUCAUUUGAUCUACUUUGAAAAUAUUGUAAAAAAAUAAUUUAAAAAGAACCUCUCCAAUGCCAGCUGCCUUUUCAGUGUUACUGAAAAGCCUGGUUCCUGGGUCAACAGACCUAGAAUCACCAGAGGUUAUUUAUGAACAAUACUGAUUCCUUGAUCUUGCUCGUGUAAUUGGAAUCUCUUUAAAUAAGUUAAAAAAAAUAGCAUGCUUUUGAUCCUUUUCCUAAGUUAUUCUGCUCCGUGCUAUAGUUAAAAGCCAUCCUACGCCAGUCAGCAGUCAGCAUUUCUCAACACACCUAUGUCACUGGAACUUCUUGGAUCAGUUGCAUAAGAAUCAUUUUGAAAAGUAUAAAUAAUAUACAGUUUCUGAUUACCUGGUCUGAGAUGGGAGCUGGAAUCUGUAUUUUCAAAAUAUCCCCAGAUAGUUCUGAUAUGCUGCUGUCAGGUUUGAGGCCUGUGUAUUAGCCACCUGUAAAACGGAAUGUAUUCUUUUGCUUAACCGAUACAAGCUAAUAUCUUUUUAAAAUUCACCUGCAAUGCUAACGUCCUUUUUAAAUUCACCUAGAAUUUUCCCGAGUAUGUCAGUGAAGUGUUUUCUCAACUUCAAGAGCCAAGACAUUCUAUAUGCCUCAUCAUUUCAUACAUGAGCAUGGUACUGACUAAUCCCUUGACUUGGGACAGGUUAUCUACAGUCUCCAAAUCUUCUUCUAAGUUGUGGGUGGUUCAUUCAUAGCAGUAUUUCUCAAGCCUAGAUGCACAUGUGGAUCACCUGGAGAGGAUUUAAAAUUGUGGAUGCCAGAUCUCCAGAGAUCUGAUCUGAUCGGUUAGAAAUGGGACCCAGAGACAAACAAUUGUAAACGCUCCGUAGAUGAUACUAAUGUGGGGCCAUCUCUGGAGACCAUCAGUCUGCACAAAAGACCUGCUCAAUCUUGUCCUGGAGAAAUUAUUAGGAAAAGCAAAGUAUAUAUACCUGGAGAGCAUAUCUCUCUUUCUCUUUUUAGGUUCUAAAUGCAUGUUUGAAUUUGUAACAUGAAAAACUGGACUGCCCAAUUACUAGGAUCCUUUACAACCAUAAAAUUUUAUUCUUCUUUGAUCUGCUAAGGAGCUGUAUAUGUUUAAGAGAAUUUAUUUUCAGUGUCCCAAAGUCUUUGUUUGAUGGGUAGAAAAGUAAUUUGCAACUGGCAUAUAACAAUGAGCUAUCUGUAGCACAUGGAUUUUUGAUGACGCAGAUUUACAAUUGAAUCCCAGCUCUGCCUGUAUACAGGCACUAACUGUAUACAACUAACUGUAUACAAAUUAUGUGACUCCUGUAAGCCUCAGAUUUUGCAUCUGUAAAGUGGAGGUAGCAUAUUCCUGAUGAAUAUUUUUGUGAGGACAAAUGAAAUAACACUUAAGUGAAGAGAAAAUAUGUUCAAUGAGUAUCAUUUAUUAUAAUAAAAGAUCAUUGUGGGGAACUCCAAACUGUCUCCACAAUUUCAAUUCCCAAACUGAAGAUGUUAAUUAAGCAGACAGCUUAUAAGAAUCGCUGCAAAUUUAAGUAAGCCGAAGGAACAACCUUCAGGAUAAGAGAAACAAAUAAAUACAGUGUGGAAGCAUGCAUUCACAUCUUCUGUAAUUGCUAAGUACUGGAAGGGGUGUGGGGAGCUGGCCUUGGUAGCACAAAGGCAUUAUUUGCAUCAGUACACACAUGCUCCAUUUCUUAAAAUAAUUGGAUCUCCAGCAGGCUUAAUUUCCCCUCACUGUUAUGAACAAUCCGUAAGUUAACAGUUAAUUUAGCUUAUUAUUAGUUGGCAUAGCUCAUGUCACAGAAUGGAGUAGCAGGAAGAUUCUCAGAGGUGAUUGGCUGGUAAGGAAAGAGGCCCAGAAAUAUUCAACAACCUGAGUUCCUCCACAUCAGCUUGGCCACAGAGCCAGUUAAUGACAUAAGAAACAGAAUCAGGUCCUCAUCUACUUUUCCUAAAGUUAAAAAAAAUUCUAAAAGUUACUUUAAAAAUGUUAGAGUAUAAAUUCAAUAAACAGGAAUGUAUUUGUUUAGUGGUGCAGAAAUAAAAAUAAUUCCUAGCCAGACUGUAAGACUACUCUAAUUGCUAAUUGCAUAAUAAAAUUUUGACAUGACUAAUCUCAGCUGUUCAUUUGCACAAUUUCUAAGUUAUACUGUAAUAAAACAAAAAGGUAAACUUAAGGAAUUUUUUAUAUGUAUGUGUGAAAAAAAUGAAUAACAUUCAAAAUAGUAGUUUUAAGUAGUUCAUAAUCAUCUCACUUUAAAGAACAUUAGAAACAUUUAUUUCAGACACAUUAGAAAAUUUCAAAAAUUACUUUUCUGAGUUAUCUGACAACCAAAUUAUUGAAUUUCUUGUAUACACAAAGAAUGUUAAAUUAGAGCUUGCUGGAAUUUCAUUAGGAGAAACAAAUAUACAUUUUAUCUGAGAAGUUUUCAGAGUGAUUUUUUUUUUUUGGAGAAGUAUGUUAACUAUGCUGACUCUUACACACAAGGCUGCAUUCCAUUUUGAUUAAUGAAGGUGCAGGAGAUAGAAAAUCAGUCUCCACAGAUACGGUACCCAGACUAACUUAACAACCCCACACUACUCAUUGUGCAAGAAAUACGUGCCAGAAUUACAACAGUGCAUCCCCCAUCUUGGACUGGCCUCAUUAGCCACCUUCAGUCCCUCAGAUGAGACAAUCCUGAAGAUGUCUUCCUCGUCCAAGGCCAGAUUGCCAGAAGAGAGCUUACUAUCAUCUGGGAUGGGAUAUGUGUCUCCAGGGACUGUAAUGAGAUCAGGCCUUCCAAAUACUGGCUUUCUUCUUUAAGAGCCUUAAACAGACCAAGAAUAUCUCAUUCUAUGUAAAGGCAGGAGCUGUCUCCUUUUUAGAUAAUAGAUGACCUAUCUUGGAUAUCUUAUAUAUUAUUUUAAAAUAAUGAAUCAAAGGACAAAGACUAUCAUACUUGAGAGCAGGAGUUGAUUUACGGGGGGGAAAAAACAUCAUUUAGCUCAUAGAUGCUUUACAUUCAAAACAAUGAUAGCUCUUGUGCUGGAAGAUGAACAGGCUAUAUAGCAUUGGAAAUGGAGAUAGAAAAAAGUAGUGAAAACAAUGACAUCUUUAUUACUCUUAAAUAAAAAUUUAAAUCUCUUGAGCUAUCAGCAUGAUGGCAGCCUUCAAAAUCAGUAUAUUUAUUCACGUGGACCUUUUCCCCUCCCUCUUUUUUCUUUUUUCUUUUUUUUAACUUAAGAUUGGAUUUGGUAGGAGACAGGGUUAAUGGAGUAAUUGUGACAAAAGAAAAAUAACAUUUUCAUAAAUCAUAUGUGAGAUGAAGGUAAAAAGUAAUGGUUGCUGGAGGGAAUGCAAUAAUUUGAGAGAAAUUAUUGAGAUUAAUCAUUGGAAUAAUGCGGUUUAUUCUGAAUCUAAAACAACCUAAAAACAAUCUAAAAACCUAAUAGAGGUUUUUAAAGGGAAAAAGUAAAGAGUUAACAAGUCUCAAUGUAGAUUCAAGUUCACAAAGCUGCAGAAAGGAAGAAAAGAGUAGUAAACCAAGGAUUCGAACCCAAGCUCCAGGUGGCACAAUCCAUCGCAUAAUCCACUAGCUUUUUGGG